CUGGUCAAUCUAUCCCGAGUACUUCCAUUGUUGUCUUGUGCAAACAAAACGAGAUCUUGUUCGAGAAUAAACAUGUCUUCUGAAAGGCUACCACCAGUUACAGAAUGGCCUGACUAUAGCAGCCAGCCACUAGGCGCGAACCCCAUGGAGCAGGACAUUAAUGCGCCCUACAACAAGGGCGACCUCUGUUGGCUCCUCGUGUCCACAUGUCUCUGCUGGCAGAUCACCCCAGCCAUCGGCUUCCUCUACGCCGGCAUGCACCGUCGCAAGUCCGCCUUGACCAUGGUCUUCCAGUCACUCUUCUGCGCCUGCGCCGUAGGCAUCCAGUACUGGCUGUACGGAUACUCCCUCUACAUGUCACACACCUCGAACUCCAUCCUCGGCAAUCUCACAAAGGGCGUGCUGUACAAUGUGUUGGCGUAUCCCAGCCUGGCCAACAGCGACGUGCCUGACAUUCUCUACGCAACGUUUGGCGUGACGUUCGUCACAGCCACAGCCAUGAUUCUGGCUGGUGCUAUGCUGGAAAGGGGUCGAUUGAUGCCGAGCAUGUUGUUCCUACUGUGCUGGACGACGUUUGUCUACUACUUCCUUGCAUACUGGGAGUGGAAUCCCUCCGGCUGGCUCGCCAAGCUCGGCGUCCUCGACUUCGCAGGCUCUGGACCCGUCCACAUUGCCAGUGGCUUCGGCGCGCUGGCCUGGGCGUGCAUGCUCGGCAAGCGCAGGGACCCAUUGGGGGAGAGCCAGCAUCCUCGCAUCCCGCACUUCCGGGGCCAUAACCCAUUUCUCGUCGGUAUCGGCACCGUCUUCAUCUGGUUCGGCUGGCUGGCCUUCAACGGCGCGAGCACGGCCAACCUGUCGAUCCGCAGCAUCUAUGCCGUGCUCAAUACCAACUUCGCCGCCUGCGGUGGGGGCGUCACAUGGUCUUGCAUUGAAUACCUGCACACCAGAAAGUUCAGCAUCGUUGGCUUCUGCUCAGGUAUCAUCAGCGGUCUGGUCGGGAUCACCGCCGCCGCUGGUUUCGUUCCGGUCUAUACAUCCUGCCUUAUCGGCAGCGUUACUUCCGUGGCAUGCUUCUACACGAACAAGUACAAGUAUCUAAUCGCCAUCGACGAGGGUCUCGACAUAUGGGCCAUCCACGGCAUGGGUGGCGUGGUGGGCGAUGUCCUCACGGGCUUCUUCGCAGCCGACUUUGUCCCAGCUCUGGAUGGCGUUUCGACUGGGAGCCCUGGUGGCUGGUGGAACCUUCACUGGGCGCAGAUGGGAUACCAGCUGGCUGCUGCCCUGACCUGUGCCGCGUGGAGUUUUGGCGUGAGCUGCCUGCUGCUGUUCAUUAUCGACAAGAUCCCAGGCCUGCAUAUUCGCGCCUCCGAGGAAGACGAGUUGAUGGGACUAGACCAGAAGUACUUCUCUGAUUAUGACAUGGAGAUGUAUGGCAUGGGCCAGUAUGGUGCGAGCAUUGAGGGGAUGCGAGAGCAUCGUGCCAGUAACACGGCGGGAGGCUCUGACAGGGCGUCAGACAGUGCGACGCCGUCGAAAAGGGACUGAGAAUGAGAUGGAGCCUGGGCGCAUGGAUCUUUUCUCUGAAUAGUAUGUACGUGCUUGAUAAUCAGAUAUGCAUGCAGAUGCAUGGUGCAUGUAAGCUUACCUGGAGCGUUUUCCUAAUGUGGUAAUUCGAGGACGUUCACCUGCGAGUGUGGUGCAGUGAAUGGUACACCCAGUCAAAAGUUGGCGUGUCGGAGUUUCAUAUGACUGCUAUCAAGUUGCGGAGUUUGAUUAAUCAUACUAUGAGCGAGGAGCAAUAAAGCUUGACAAGUCUCAGCUGUUGAAAUAGUAUAAGAAUGAAGAUGUCCGUCUUUUAGACUUUCAGAAAUCACCU